AUUUAAUAUCAAUGAGAUAUCAAUCUUGAAAUUGUAGGAAAGUAUUAAUGAUGCUGGGCUUUCAUCAGUCAGAACUGUAUAGUAAAUACAGCACCUUGUUUAUCGUUGGCCUGUAGAACUCAAACAACUUGGAAGUACUCAAUUGCUGAAGUGUUGUAACCAAGAAGGAUUUCAUGAUGUACCUACUCCUGAUUCUCCAUUUUCACACACUGUGGGUGACACUCUCCAUAGCAAUGCAACACGGUCACUAUGAUGUUUGUAAGACACUCACAAAGUCGGACGAGGGAAUUGUUUGGGAAUACAUGGCUUGUCAGCCAGAAUCUGUAGAAAUGACUCAGUAUCUGAAGGUAACACUUGAUCCUCCAAACAGCACUUGUGGAGACCCUCCAGAGCCCUUCUGUGCCAUGGGAAAUCCAUACAUGUGCAAUAAUGAAUGUGACGCAAGCACAAAGGAGCUUGCCCACCCGCCUGAGCUUAUGUUUGAUUUUGAGGGUCGUAACCCAAGUACAUUUUGGCAGUCAGUAACGUGGAAGCACUACCCAAGUCCUCUGCAGGUUAAUAUCACACUGUCAUGGAACAAGACCAUUGAGCUUACAAACAACAUCGCUAUUACAUUUGAGUCUGGGCGACCUGAGAAAAUGAUUUUGGAGAAGUCACUGGACUAUGGCAGAACUUGGCAGCCCUACCAGUUUUAUGCUGCUGACUGUCUAGAUGCUUUCAGGAUGGAGCCCAAAUCUGUGAAGGACCUGACCCACAAUACAGUACUGGACAUUAUAUGCACAGAGGAGUAUUCCACUGGAUACGCAGCACACGCCAAGACCAUAUCGUUUGAAAUCAAAGAUCGUUUUGCAAUCUUUGCUGGGCCAAGGUUGCAUAAUAUGGCAUCGCUCUACAGUCAACUGGACACUACCAAAAACCUACGGGAUUUCUUUACCGUAACAGAUUUAAGGAUUAGGCUUCUUAAACCAGCCACUGGGGCCACGUUUGUGGAUGAGAGAAAUCUGGGAAGAUAUUUCUAUGCGAUAUCUGACAUCAAAAUCCAUGGCAGGUGUAAGUGUAACCUUCACGCCAACACCUGUACUUACAGCAACAACCGUCUCAGCUGUGACUGUGAACAUAACACAACAGGGCAAGACUGCGAGAGGUGUAAGAAGAAUUAUCAAGGACAAGCAUGGAGUCCAGGCUCCUACCUCACUAUCCCAAAAGGAACUGCAAAUAUCUGUGUAUCCAGCAUCCCCAGCACUGUACAGGACAAAAAAAGGAAGCAGACCAUCACUGCAGUUUUUCCCAAAUUAGCUCACUCUACUGUGCCACCUGCUCAAGUUUCCAGCCACAAAAGAGACUGCUAUUGCCACGGGCACUCCAGCCGCUGCACUUACAUCGAGGUUGUAAACACGGCGGUCUGCGUGAGCUGUAGACACAACACGCGUGGUCAGCAGUGUGAGAAGUGCAAGAGAGGCUUCCACAGAAAUGUGUCCGCCAAACUGGAGGAUGCAAAUGUAUGCAUAGCAAAUGUUUGUGACAAUGAGUUGCUUCGUUGCCAAAAUGGCGGGGUUUGCUACAACAAUGUGCGGUGUCAUUGUCCUCCUGGCUACACUGGUAUACUGUGUGAAAAACAGAAGUGUGAGGACACUGGAGGUUGCGCUUCCAAAUCCGGACAAGAGCCUAUGUCCAUUAACCCAUAUUUUUCUCUGACCAUCAUGGUAUUUGCGGUCUGGCUCUGCACUUUGUAAAGAAUGUGCAUUAUGGACCUACAACUUGCAAAGGAUGAAGUGACUCUGAGAGAAAUGGAAAAAUCAACAAAUUAUUUAAGUCAAUUUAAAUGAGAAGGCCUGACUGUACUAAGCCAUAUGUAUCAAUGCGAAUGAGAAAUCCAUGACUGUUAUGUUUCUGGCUGAAAACAAGAUGGCUGCCCCAAGAAGGACUGCUGCCAUGGUACCAAAACCAGCUCUAAGGACCUAUAGUGAAAGGAGUAGGUCUUGAAAAUGGUCACCUCUAUCACAACUACUACCAGGGUGACAGAAAGCAUAGGAUAUUUGAAUGCAAGUGGAAGGCCUAAGCAGGAUGACCAACUCCAACAAGACUGCUACCAUGACAGGAUCAGUUUUAGUUAAUCAGUUGUCUGUCCUUAAAAUGCCCCAGUUGAAAUAAGGACACUAAGUGCUUGUUUGUCACUUCCACGCAGUUAUUGUACCUCUCUGCCCAGUGUGUGGACCAACCAAAUAGCAUCAUUCUUUGCUGCCAGUGCAUCGUGGGCUAAGGAAAGCGGCCAUAUUGGCCCCCUGAAACCCUUACACCUGUGCUUUUGUGAAAGUCACUCCGUAUACCCUUGUUGGUCGAAAGAUUUUAUUUGUCCGAUGUUAGUGACGCACAUAACUCCCUUCCUUGGCCCGUCGCGCCCUAAAAGAGUACGUCAAGGCUUGUAUAUGAAAGAUAUGCCAUGUUGAUACAAUAAGGCGUAUCGAAUAUAAGAAAAGGCUAGAGAUUAAGCAAAAAUAAAAUGUAUUUAUCCUUUUGUAUUCAAAUGAAGUUAUUUUUCUUGAAAUGUACAAUGUAGAUUUUUUGUAUUAUUGCAGAUCCGUGUUUAACAGACAAUCUAUUAAGUGAAUUUCAUUCAAAAUAACUAUAUAACCUUUUUUUUUUAAAUAUCUAAAUUUAUGGUUCUUAUUUUAUUUUUAUUUACUUUGGUUAUGUUAUUCAUUCUAAACCCAUUUACGACUUGAGGGGCCUGCUGUUCCCUGGGUCCCCUUUGGCCGUAAACGGGUAAACUGCUCAGAAUAUCUUCCGUAGGGAGCGCAUACUGGUAUCAUGGAGAGAGACAAGUUUACAUAUAUAAGACAUGUAAUAAUAUUCCACCAAAGGAAAUACUAAAUGUUUUCUUGUUUUAAACCGCUGGAAGAUCUCAAAGGAAUAAAACAUACCUGGAAACUAUUUAUCAAAAA